AUGAUUGAAGUUGCGAAUGAUUUUGGAGUUCCUAGCCACAUUUUCUACAUCUCCAGUGCAGCUUUUCUUAGUAUGCAGUUACACUUGCAAGUUCUUUGUGAUAAGCAAAACCAGCCCAUCACUGAGUUGAAAGACUCGGCCACAGAGUUGAUUGUCCCGAGUCUCGUUAAGCCGUUUCCUGUUAGGAAUUUGCCUAUCGUGUUCAUAGAGAAAGAGUGGACUAUUGUUAUAUUUCAACAAGCGAGGGGGUUUAGAGAAGCAAAGGGCAUUAUUGUAAAUACAUUCAAGGAGUUGGAAUCCUAUGCGGUCGAGUCUUUCUCUGAUGGUAAGUUGAACAACACCCCACCUGUGUAUACACCGGGAACCAUUUUGAAUUUAGAGGGUGAUGAGAUUGAUCGAGGAUCAGGUGGAUCCAUCUCAAUAACAGAGAUCAAGGAGUGGCUUGAUGAUCAACCGCCAUCAUUGAUUAUGUUUCUUUGCCUCGGGAGCAUGGGAAGCUUCAGUGAGGACCAGGUGAAAGAAAUCGCUUGUGCGCUUGAACAUUGCGGCCAUCGGUUUUUGUGGUCCCUAUGUCAACCUCCACCGAAGGGUCAAGUUGGUAAUCCUACUGAUUAUGCUAAUCUGACGGACGUGCUACCUGAAGGGUUCAUUGAUCGGACGACUAAGAUUGGAAAAGUAAUCGGAUGA